GAAAGCGCAAACCGCAAGCUCUAUGGCUGACAGUUUCGAUUUGGUCUCGUCGCUCGUCGUCUCCUCACCCCUCGAUCGCGAGAGAGGAGGUUUCUUGUAAGCCAUAGGAAGAUAAGGAGGAGGAGAUGGGUUCCGAUGCCGUGGCCGACGACGCCUAUCUCACCGCCAUGUCGCGGGACGUCGCCAGGAAAAAGAGGACUAACAGGUCCGCGAAAUUGAAGCAGUGCAAGCUCGACGCGCGGCGCGAGCAGUGGCUCUCGCAAGUGAGGAACAAGGAUUGCGUGGUGACGAGCAGGCGGCCGCCCGCUGCGUCCCCUCCCCGUCAUCCGGUUCCUUCUGAGAAGUCGAACGGGAGGUUGAAGGAAGAGGAGCAGAAGGAGGAGCAGCGGGUUGUAGCGGAACGGGAUGGAUCAAUCUCUAACGACAGCGAGGACGGUUCUCCAACUCAUGGUAGCACCAUGAAUGGAUGCCCAAACGAUAGUGUCAAGAGUUUAAGCAGCUAUGGAUCCUCCUCGAGAAGUAUCAGCGAUGCUGAAGAGGAGGAAGAUGAUUGUGAGGAGAGAGGUGAUGAGAAAGGGGGCAUGGACGAUUGGGAAGCCCUAGCUGAUGCAUUGUCUGUCGUCGAUGAACAACCCAAUUCGAACCCUGUCGCCGGAAACCCAGAUUCUAAGUCAAUUCCCUGUGGCAUGGACAAAGAUUGCCAUGAGGGUUUGGCAAAGCCUGUUGCUAAGCCGAUGGUGCCCAGAGCUUGGAGGCCAGACGAUGCUUCCCGCCCACAGAGCUUGCCCAAUCUUUCGAAGCAGCGGAGCUUGCCGGUGAGCACAGAGCGGCGCCUUGCUGCAGCCGGGUGCGCACAGCAUGGCAUCCUCUCCACACCGUCUUCAUGCCCCAUUUGCUAUGAGGACCUGGAUCCAACUGACUCGAGCUUCCUCCCAUGUAACUGUGGCUUUCGCCUUUGCUUGUUUUGCCACAAACGGAUUCUCGAGGCAGACGGACGCUGCCCUGGGUGCAGGAAGCAGUAUGCUCCUGUGGCGGGCGGUGAGGUCCGCAUUGGUGGUGGAGGACAGCCUUUUGCUCUCCAUCUAUCUCGUUCUUGUAGCAUGAGUUCAAGAACCUAGGUAGUCACGUCCACUGCUUUUCCAUUCUUACAGUGAAUGUUCUCGUUCAAGGAGACCUGUGGGACUUCUAUGUUUUCGUUAUUAUAGAGUUAUCUUUUGAAGAAAGCCAUGUGAAUAUGGGCAUAGAGUUUGGGUGUAUAAGAACUGAUUUUGGUAACAUAAUGCGAUUAAAAUGUCUGCAUCAUUUGUA